AUGAGCAAGGAAGAAGCAGGAGUAAUUCCAAAACGUGUACAAGAUGAAGACCACAAGACCGGAGCAGAUUUUCUCGGCCCAAGAAAUAUUCCUCGCGAGCUCCAAGAGCCGGACCAGGUCAGUCCACCUCCGACGGACUCUGGUACGCUUCUGAAUAUGAAAUGGUCGUUUACUGAUUCUCACAUACGUAUUGAAGAAGGUGGAUGGGCUCGACAGACGACCGUGCGUGAACUUCCAAGUUCAACGGCCAUGGCAGGUGUUAACAUGCGAUUGAAAGCGGGUGUGAUACGUGAACUUCAUUGGCACAAAGAAGCCGAAUGGGCGUACAUGCUUGAUGGGGAAGCACGCGUAACCGUGCUUGAUCUUGAAGGUGGAUCGUACACGGAUGACAUUGGAAAAGGUGAUCUUUGGUAUUUUCCAAGUGGACGCCCACAUUCCAUUCAAGGACUUGGUGAACACGGUUGUGAAUUUCUGCUCGUUUUCGAUGAUGGUAACUUUUCGGAAGAUUCAACAUUUCUAUUGUCUGAUUGGCUCGCUCACACACCCAUUGAUGUCCUAGUAAAAAACUUUCGCCAAGCGCCGGCUAUGUUUCACUCGUUGUCAAAAGACGAAAAAUAUAUAUUUCAAGGCAAAGUUCCCGGUUCCAUUGAGGAAUCUCUCAAGAUCACGUCCGACGUCAAACCAUCUCGACACCGUUUUACACAUAAAAUGCUCGCCCAACAACCGGUGA